AUGGCUCCUGUCGGUGGUGGUGCUGCCGACUUUGAGGUGGCCGCUUUGGCUCGCCGUCAAGCGCUCGCUGGUGCUUCUGGACCCGCGGCUUUGGUGAAGAAUGCGAGGGUCUUUGGUAUUGCCUGCUUCGCUUGCUUGGGUGGUCUUCUCUACGGUUAUAAUCAGGGUGUAUUUUCCGGUGUGCUUACCAUGCACUCUUUCAAAGAGCACAUGGGCGACUACAUUGAGGACCCUGUGGCGCUCACAUGGAACUCUUCCAAGCAAGGCUGGCUCGUAUCUAUCCUUGAACUCGGUGCCUGGUUUGGAACAAUGUACUCUGGUUUCCUCGCCGAGAUUCUCUCCCGUAAAUACGCCAUUCUCAUCAACGUUGCCAUCUUCAUCGUCGGCGUCGUCGUCCAGUGCACUGCCUCUGCCGGUCAAGGCCACAAUGCUAUUCUUGGCGGUCGUUUUGUAACUGGUAUGGGCGUCGGUUCGCUCUCCAUGAUUGUGCCCAUGUACAACGCCGAAAUCGCGCCUCCAGAAGUCCGCGGUGCGCUCGUCGGUCUGCAGCAGUUGAGCAUCACCCUCGGAAUCAUGAUCAGUUUCUGGAUCGACUACGGCACAAACUACAUUGGUGGAACGGGAGCUGGCCAAAAGGAAGCCGCAUGGCUCCUCCCUCUUGCCCUCCAACUCGCCCCCGCUGUCCUCCUCGGCGUGGGCAUGAUCUUCAUGCCCUUCUCCCCGCGUUGGCUCAUCCACCACAACCGCGAAGACCAAGCCCGAACCGUGCUCGCCCGUCUCCGCAACCUGCCGUCCGACCACGAACUCAUCGAGCUCGAGUACGCCGAGAUCCGCGCGCAGAGUCUAUUCGAGAAGAAGUCGCUGGCCGAGAACUUCCCUCACCUGCAAGACAUGAGCGCGCUGUCAAUCUUCAAACUACAAUUCGUCGCCAUUGGUAGCUUGUUCACCACUAGGGGCAUGUUCAAGCGCGUCGCCAUCUCCACACUUACUAUGUUCUUCCAGCAAUGGACCGGAAUCAACGCCAUCUUGUACUAUGCACCAACCAUCUUCUCCGGCCUCGGUCUGUCGGGUAACUCUGUCAACUUGCUCGCUACAGGCGUCGUCGGCAUCGUCAUGUUCCUCGCCACCAUCCCCGCUGUCAUGUACGUCGACAAGCUCGGUCGUAAGCCCGUGCUCGUCAGCGGCGCCAUCGGCAUGGCAGCCUGCCAUUUCAUCAUCUCCGGCAUCGUCGCCAGCUUCGAGGACGACUGGCCCAACCACCAGGGCGCGGGUUGGGCAGCCUGCGUCAUGGUGUGGCUGUUUGUCAUUUUCUUCGGCUAUUCGUGGGGACCCUGUGCGUGGAUCGUCAUUGCAGAGAUCUGGCCCAUGUCCAACCGUCCAUAUGGAAUCGCUCUCGGCGCCUCGUCCAACUGGAUGAACAACUUCAUCGUUGGCCAGGUUACACCGGAUAUGUUGACGCAUUUGCGUUAUGGGACGUAUAUCUUCUUUGGGCUUUUUACCGCCAUGGGCGCGGCGUUUAUAUACUUCUUCUUCCCGGAGACAAAGGGGUUGUCUCUUGAAGAAAUGGACACCCUCUUCGGCUCCGUCGGUACCGCCGAGCGCGAAAAGGAGCGCUGGGCUGAGGUCCACCGCGAAGUCGGUCUUACUGACAUCCUGGAGCGCUCGGGCUUGUACCAUGAUUCUGGUGCUGGUAUGCACAAGGACAAGCCGAGUUACGACGAUAACUUGGAGAAGGAGAAGCCGACGGUUCUUGAGCAGGCAUAG